AUUUUUCCUGCACUGGAUAGGACGAUGCUUGAGUGAGAGUGGGAUUUUGAUUGCGUGCUUUGAAACCCCUCUCGCUCGCUCUUUCUUCGACUUUCUCUCUCAUCAGACCGCAAAGCAUGUGGUUGGAGCUUUCAUCUAAAGCAGUUGCACCAACUGUUGCCUCUGCUCUUCCAUUCUCUCCCAGACCCCAACCAUGCCAUCUGCUUAGCGUUCUACCUGUAGUGACCUCAGCUGAGAGGCCAUGGCGCAGUUGCAGUGCGGUGAGGUGCGGUGAGGUCAACAAUGGAGCAGUGGGUUUAAACCUAAUGACUUGCAGGCAGUGUAAAUCCCAAUUUGAUCCAUCCCGCAACCACUCUCGUGCUUGCCGUUUUCACACUGCACAUUUUGGAGGAGAAACAAAGAGAAAAUUUGAAAGUGUACACAAGGGGGGGACCAUGAGCACCCCUGAUUCAGGCCGUGUUUUACAAUACUGGCAUUGUUGUGGUUCUGAAGACCCAUUUGAUCCAGGGUGCACAGCCGCUCCACACCAAUCUUAUGAUGAUUAAUAUGCCGUAACCCUGUUAUUUUCACCACAAGCAUAAAGCUGUGAUUUUUUGCAUCAAUGUAUGUAAUGUAUCACAUUGUGGAUUGGGGAGUAAUGAUGGAUGUGUUUUCACCAAUGUGGUGCUCUUCUCCUGUAUAUGAUUUAGAACCCCAGCUUCCUCUUUUUCAUCUGCCAUAUGUUUCCAAAGAUAUUGUGUGUAGAUGAGGCAUAGUACAUACAUUAUGUGUAUGCUUUGGCAUAUAUAAGGACUUCCAAGAGUUCUCUGAAAGAAAAUUUUCAGUACAA